GCGGCCAUCAUCCCCACCCACGCCCAAAGGCCAGGAGAGAGGAGUCCACGAGCGUGCGGUCACGCCACCGCCAAAGUGUCCUCCUCUGUCUCCUUAAUUAAGCGAGAGGCGCCGGUGAGCCCCACAGAUCAAUGAAAUCCGGGGGCCCGGCUGAUUGCUUCCAAACGGGGCGGCUGCUUCUCAAGAUGCAGCUCGGAUCCUGCCGCCGUCCUGCGCAAGAGAGCGGUUCGUCAUCCACCCUGGCAGCUUAGGAGCAUGUUUCUGUGGGCCUCAGAGAAAGAGAGGCGCCUCCGUGCAAACGACCAAGCCUUCAACCUGCAGUUUGAUUAUGCUAAAAAUUCCAUCAAAACCUCCAAGUACAACUUUUUCACCUUCCUGCCUCUCAACUUAUUUGAGCAGUUCCGGCGGAUUGCAAACGCCUACUUCCUUUUCCUGCUCAUCCUGCAGCUCAUCCCUGCCAUUUCCUCCCUCUCCUGGUUCACCACCGUGGUCCCUCUGAUCCUGGUGCUGGCCGUGUCUGCAGCAAAGGAUGCCAUCGAUGAUGUGAAUCGGCAUAAGAACGACAACCAAGUGAACAACCGUCCGGUCAAAGUGCUGGUCAAUGGCAGUUUGAAGGAGGACCGGUGGCUGAACGUCGAAGUUGGGGACAUCAUAAAGUUGGAGAACAACAACUUUGUGACGGCUGACUUGCUGUUGCUGUCGAGCAGUGAGCCCCACAGCCUGACGUACAUUGAGACGGUGGAGCUGGACGGAGAAACCAACCUGAAAGUGAAGCAGGCACUGACGGUCACCUCGGAGUUGGGAGACGACCUGCAAGCUCUGAGCAGCUUUGACGGCGAAAUUGUGUGUGAGGCGCCUAAUAACAAGCUGGACCAGUUCAGAGGGAACCUGGCCUUCCAGGGCCACCUGUACCCCUUGGACAACGAGAGGAUGCUGCUCCGUGGCUGCACCAUCCGCAACACGGACUGGUGCUUUGGGCUCGUCAUCUUUGCUGGGCCAGACACCAAAUUAAUGCAGAACAGCGGAAGGACCACUUUUAAGAGGACCAGCAUAGAACGCCUGAUGAACUACCUGGUGCUGGUGAUCUUUGCUCUCUUGGCUGCCAUGUGCUUGACCCUGGCCCUCGGCAACAGCCUCUGGGAAUACCACAAGGGCUACGACUUCCGGGUGUACCUGCCCUGGGGCGAGAACGUCCAUUCCUCCCUCUACUCCGGCUUCCUCAUGUUCUGGUCCUACGUCAUCAUCCUCAACACGGUGGUGCCCAUCUCCCUCUAUGUCAGCGUGGAGAUCAUCCGUCUGGGCAACAGCUUCUACAUCGACUGGGACCGCAAGAUGUACUACGCCCCGAGCGACGUGCCCGCCCAGGCGCGCACCACCACCCUCAACGAGGAGUUGGGCCAGAUCAAGUACAUCUUCUCGGACAAAACCGGCACCCUCACCCAGAACAUCAUGGCCUUCAACAAGUGCUCCAUCAACGGGAAGUCCUACGGGGACGUCUUCGACUCUGAGGGACACCGGGUGGAGGUCACGGAGAAGACGUUGAAGGUCGAUUUCUCCUUCAACCCACUGGCGGACCCCAAGUUUGCCUUCUACGACCAGAGCCUUGUGGAAGCAGUGAAGGCUGGGGACGCCCCCACCCACCGGUUCUUCCGCCUGCUUUCCCUCUGCCACACGGUGAUGCCGGACGAGAAGAGGAAAGGCGUCCUGGCGUACCAAGCCCAGUCUCCCGACGAGGGUGCCCUGGUCACGGCCGCCCGCAACUUUGGCUUUGUGUUUCGUGCCCGGUCCCCGGAGACCAUCACGUUGGUGGAAAUGGGGGAGACGCUUGUCUAUGAGCUGCUGGCCAUCCUGGACUUCAACAAUGUGCGCAAAAGGAUGUCCGUCAUUGUGCGGAACCAGAAAGGUGAACUGACCCUCUACUGCAAGGGUGCAGACACGAUACUGUACGAACUCCUCCAUCCUUCCUGUGCAGCCCUCAAGGAAAUAACCACCAGCCAUCUGGAUGAAUUUGCCGGGGAAGGCCUGAGGACCUUGGUCGUGGCCUACAGAGACCUGAACGAGACCUACUUUGAGGACUGGCAGAAGCGCCACCACGAGGCCAGCACUGCCCUGCAUGACCGAGAGGAGAAGCUCUCUGGACUCUACGACGAAAUUGAGCGGGACCUGCUGUUGCUUGGGGCCACCGCCAUUGAGGACAAGCUGCAAGACGGGGUCCCCCAGACCAUUGAGACCUUGGGAAGAGCCCAGAUCAAAAUCUGGGUCCUGACGGGAGACAAACAAGAGACUGCCGUGAACAUCGGCUACUCCUGCAACAUGCUGUACGAUGACAUGAAGGACAUCUUCAUCAUCCACGGCAACUCCCCAGAAGCCGUCCGGCAGGAGCUCAGGGAAGCCAGGGAGAAGAUGCAGCCUGAUGCUGACGAGGAAGAAGAGCUUGACACGGUGGCCGUGGAGCCAAGCAGGCCGGCGGUCUUGCCCGACGAGCAGCCCAACGGGGAAUACGGCCUGGUCAUCAAUGGUCACAGCUUGGCCUUCGCGCUGGAAGGGAAGCUGGGACGAGAGCUGGUGCGGACGGCCUGUCUCUGCAAGGCGGUGAUCUGCUGCCGGGUGACCCCUCUGCAGAAGGCGCAGGUGGUGGAGCUGGUGAAGAAGCACAAGAACGCCGUGACGCUGGCCAUCGGGGACGGCGCCAACGACGUCAGCAUGAUCAAGACUGCCCACAUUGGCGUCGGCAUCAGUGGCCAGGAGGGGAUGCAGGCGGUCCUGUCCAGCGACUUCUCCUUCGCCCAGUUCCGGUACCUGCAGCGGCUGCUCCUGGUCCACGGGCGCUGGUCUUACCUGCGCAUGUGCAAGUUCCUGGCCUACUUCUUCUACAAGAACUUCACCUUCACCCUGGUCCACUUCUGGUACGGCUUCUUCUCCGGCUUCUCGGCACAGACGGUGUACGACGAAUGGUUCAUCACCCUCUACAACAUGGUGUACACCUCCAUGCCUGUGCUCGGAAUGAGCCUCUUUGACCAGGACGUGGACGACCACUGGAGCCUGCAGUUCCCGCAGCUCUACACCCCCGGGCAGCAGAACCUCUCCUUCAACAAGAGGGAGUUUGUCAAGUGCACCCUCUACAGCGUCUACAGCUCCCUGGUGCUCUUCUUCGUCCCUUACGGGACCCUGUUCAACUCCGUGCGGAGCGACGGGAAGGCGAUCGACGACUACCAUUCCUUCGCACUCAUGGCUCAGACCUGCCUGCUCAUUGUGGUGUCUGUCCAGAUGGGCCUGGACACGGCGUACUGGACGGCUGUGAACCAAAUGUUCAUCUGGGGCAGCCUGGGGGUGUAUUUCGGCAUCACCUUCACCAUGCACAGCAACGGCACCUACUUGAUCUUCACCGCUUCCUUCCCUUUCGUUGGGACAGCUCGGAAUACCUUGAACCAGCCCAACGUGUGGCUCUCGGUCUUCCUGUGUGUGAUCCUCUGCGUCCUGCCGGUCGUCGGCUUCCGCUUCAUCAAGAUGCAGCUCCGGCCGACCAUCAGCGAUCAGGUCCUGUGCCGGGUUCGGGAGCUGCAGAAGCGGCCGCCGCCACCUUUGCCCCAGCGCCGCCUGAGGCGCAGCAUCUCCCGCCGCUCCGGCUACGCCUUCUCGCACCAGCACGGCUUCGGGGCCCUCAUCACGUCGGGACGGAACAUGCGGGCCAAGUCGCCCUUCAGCUUCACAGGCUCCUACUCCCCGAAUAGCGAGAGGCACCAGCUGAAGUGGGCCGACCCACACUAAGGGGGGGGCUCUCAUGGGCCCGAGGCUCCGGCAUGCAGGACCGGCAGCUGGAAAGGGACCUCUGGGAGCGGGAGUGCCCGGGCAGGGUCUUUGCAAGGACCGCAGAGGGCGCGAAAGAAGGACGGAGGCCCCGCCAGUGGCCGGGCAGGCAGGCAGGCAGUGGGGCGCCCAAAGGCUGUAGCACACUCUGGGGCUCAGGCUGUGCCUGGGAGGACGCUGGGGCACAGAGGGCUGGCUGGAGGCCCCCACCCAGAGCCGCUGCCCCCCUGAUCCUGGGGGAGGCGAGGGGUGACCAGGAAGGAAGGAAGGAAGGGCUGGCGUCCACCUGGGGGGCUGCCCCUCUUUUUGCUGGCCAACGUGGCAAGGGCACCCACCUUUGCCGAUCCCAAUGCCAAGAGUCCCUGCCCGCAGCCCCUUUGGGGUGGCCGGAGCCGUGGGGCAACCAAGACGUCACCAAAGGUCUUUCUUGAACUCUGCCGUGGGGCGAGGGAGCGCCUUUGGAAUGGGGAGUGGCAGUGGACCGCAAGGGGGCUGAGGGUGGGGGGGAGGGGGCUCAGCCUUGUA